AUGGGACCGUUAGACGCACCAUCCUCCCCGACAUUCCCUGCCUUGGACCCUAUUAUUAUGGACGACGAGAUGGAGUCCACUUUUCGAGACGCCAACAUGGAUUUUCUUGACCCGACCAAAUUGGAUAUGCCCUCAGACGCUGCUGGUGGAGACUUUGACGAUCUAUUCGCCCAUGUAACUCAUAACCGAUCGAAUGCCGCUCCGGAGUCCUCGAAGGCCUAUCAAGACCGACACCCCCUGAGACAAGCACCUGUGGUGGCAGCGGAGUCGCCAGCAGAGUCUCCCGACAACUCGAGCCGCAGCUCCUCUUCCGAAUCGCCGAGAAAUCACUUGCGCCAUGCAUCCGUCGCUUCCUCAAAUUCCGUCGCCCACAGUGAGAAUCCACUGACAUCUGCUGGCUUUCCGACGGAGGACUGGAUGCGCCCCGACUUGUCGUCCGUCAAAGAGGAGUCUCCUUUUACGAUCAAUCCUUCUUUUCCAGUGCAUGGUGGAUUCUCCAUGGAUCCUGACCUGGAGUCUAGCAACAAGGCUAUGGAUGCGGCAUUUGACUUUGAGAGCGCUGCGAGCAGCCCCAGUCCAUUGAAGACCGAGAACUCGAUACCACCAAAUCCUCCAAAUGGGAACAAAACGCAGUUCUGGAGCCCUAAUACCACACCUGCGGUCCCGGUAUCGAAUGAAGCCCCUGGCUUACCUACAUCCUCAUAUACUCAUGGCCAACCUGGAUCGCCAUUCUUUGCCUUUGGCACGAAAGAGCAAUCUCCGUUCUCAGGGACAUUUCGAAAUGACACCGAGCGCCUCUCUGCUCCUCAAUGGGGCACACAGUCUCCAUCCUCGAUUUUGGAAGAAAGUUUUGGCGGUAUUAACAUGAAUGGCCAGUCUCCGCUUCACCAACAGUCGAUGUCUCCUAGCAUGAACUUUGGGUCCCCCGCCUCUUUCCCGUUCCACGGUGGCCUUGGCUCGUCUGCGGCUCAAAUGCAAGUUGAUAACGCCAACUCCAUCCAACCAAUUCUCACUGUACAUCCAACCUCACUCAAAUCGCGCGUCGAAACACAAAUACCGAUCCGAUUGACUCUCUCUCCACUCCCGGUGGGCGUCAAGAAACUUCGCUUGCCAUCUCAUACCAUCUCCAAACUCAAAUUUCUCGCACCUCCCUCUACCGAACCCUCCCCCGAUACAUACCAAUUGUACACAAGCUUGGUAUGCACGAGCGCAAUGCAAGACCGUGAAAAGCUAAAAAGAGCUUUUGCACGUACAAGGGGUGUUACUUCGUCAAGCCCGAGUGGAUCAAAAGAAGAGCAACCACUAGAAGGUGGUGACGUGGUGAUCUGUGGAGGAUGUAUACAAAGAGAACGGAAGCGGGCGUCCCGGAAAAAGCAACGGAAACCCGAAGAAGACGAGCUAUUUCAAAAGGAUGAGGAGAAGCGAGUUAUAGUAUUCAACACGAGUGAAAUCAAGGAAUGGACUGAACCAUCCAAAAACGCCUCAACAGGUUACAAUGAAAUGCCGCUGAUUCCCCCGGGCUCGAUGCAAGUUGAGCUCCCAAUGCGCAUUGCUUGCUACUGUCGACACCAGAACGAGAAGCUUGGCUUUCAAGUUAUCUUCACCAUAAAGGACCACUUGGAAAACGUUGUUGCUCAGGCAAUCACCAAUUCUAUCAUGAUCACUGAUGACCAUAAAACUCAAGCGCCUGCUGCCCCAGCACCAACAGGCCCCUCGCCUUCUUUAGCCGAUGGAACUCAGAUGCCUGGCGUCAAUGUCUUCCCAUCGGGGUCGAACGGAGAUGGCAAGGGCGCGAAUGGGCCGUUCGCAUCACCCCAGUCACCCACUGAUCUUCAGGGUCUUCAACAGAGGUUUAAUUCUCAAUAUCAACUCACACCAAGCUCUUUCGCUGCCGCCCAGGGCUCAGCCAAUGCCAUUCCUGCAAACUCACAUACUCCCCGAGCUUUGUCUCGGCAAGCUUCUCCGACCGAUUUCCCAGGUCCACAGACCAAACGACGGAAGCAUAGCAGCUCCGGAAGACUCCCAUCUGGACUGACCAUGACACGAAUGGAGGCUGGCCAGUCAUCUUCUGCAAUGAACAACGCUGCACAAAUUGCGGCUUCUCGUGGAUAUGCAUCACCGACAGAGAGACCAUUUGUAACGCCUGCAUCGAUGUCGGGACAAUAUGGAAACGGACCACCAACCCCUAACCAAAGCAACGACAACAACCCGUUCUUUAAUCCCACUCCAGCUCAGCGUCAGAGCUUGGACAACCUGGCCCAACAGCCCAUGGGCUCAACACCCAACUCCGCUCAUCCCAGUCGUCCAGGUACGCCGGGAGGCUCGGGUCGCAACAGCUUCCAAGAUGCAAACUUAGCGCUCACGCUGGGCGCGAAUUCAGCUAGCCAAAUAUGGCCUCCCCUCGCCGCCACGCCUAAUCGUCUACCUUCCGUCAUUCACAAGCUGGUCCCUGCUGAAGGAUCGAUUACCGGCGGCACAGAGGUUACGUUGUUGGGAAGCGGCUUUUAUCCCGGUAUGGAGGUUGUCUUUGGCGAUACGCUUGCGACCACUACGACAUUCUGGGGAGACAAAUGUCUUAACUGCCUCACUCCCCCUGCAUUGCAACCGGGUCUGGUCUCAGUCAUGUUCAAACAUGAACAUCCAACCUUUGGUCAGGUACAGCAACCUCAACCUCUCAUGCCUAAGCAGCAGCUAUUUUUCCGAUAUGUCGACGAUCGUGAGCUUCAGAUGUAUCGUUUGGCUCUUAAUAUCCUGGGCCAGAAGCUGGGUAGUCAAGCAGACGCAUUCCAGACAGCGCAACAGAUUAUGGGCAGUGACCCGAAUGCCUUCUUGAACAUGCAAAAAGAUAUGCAGGGCGGCUCGUCUGGUGGUCAUCAGCGCCAAGUUCCCGGCCUGGAAGCCCAAGGUAAGCUCAGUGAUCUUGACUCCAAGAUGCUGACUUACCUGGAGUUCAUCGACCUUGAUGACAGCCCACGGCCACCACGGUACAAUGCUCGCAGUAGCACAGGGCAGAGCCUUCUUCAUUUUGCAGGCUCUUUGGGGUUGACCCGAUUCGUCGCAGGACUGUUGGCUCGUGGUGCCAAUCCAGAUGUGCAAGACAACACUGGUAACGCACCAAUGCAUUUAGCUGCUAUGCACGGACAUGCUCAUAUUGUGCAUCGACUUCGUCUGGCCGGCGCUAACGCCAAUUCCCGAAGUGUUCGCGGUUUCACCCCUGCGGACCUGGCUACAUCACUGCCCGCACACCAGGCCGCUUUGCUGCCUUCCCGUCAUUACCGUUCUCGCAGUGUUGGGUCGCUUACUUCACGCCGCAGACAUAGUAGCUCUGCCUCGCUCAGUUCUCUCUGGGAAUCGUCAUCGGCUUCUGGCUCCUUGGGCCAUGCAAUUGAUGAUUCAGAGGAGAUUGAAGACAGUGAAGAGCUGGACACUGAUGACUCUGACGAUGCCCCUCUGCAAUUCAAUGUCUCUCGGCGGUCUAGUCUGCACCAAGAUAUCAUGCCCCCGGUUGUCGAUGCUAGCGAGCAAGGCGCUACUCACCCUGAUGCUCGUGGAUUUUCACCACCAGCGGCGGUUGUUGCUUGGAGGAAUCACCUGGCUGCACAGAUCAACCACUUCCAGCAAAGCAUGGCUAAUGCUUUUCCUAACAUCCCUGCGUUGCCACCUAUGCCCGCUAUGCCCGACUACCAGCCUAACCAGAUGAUGCGUCGUAUCACCAAUCUUGUGCCUCACCGUCCUGCGGCCGAUGGAUGGUGGGAUUACCUGAAGGGUAACACCGCCCCGGCUGGCCAAACAUUGCCACCUUCUUACGAUGAAUUAUACCCUCACCAGCAACCUCGUGAGGAUGAGGCUGAAGUCAAGAAAACAAGCAUGCUGCGUGCAGCAACAGAGGCAGCAUUGGAUCAACAUUUCGAGGCGCAAACCACCGUUGCCGCCUCUACAUCCGCCGCCGCCGCAGCGGCAGCGGCAGCGGCAGCAGCAACAGGAAGUGCCACUCCUGCUCCUACUACCCCCGAACGACCACGCUCAGCAAAGGAUGACCUCCAAGAAAUAACAAUCGGGGGAAAGGUCAUUUCGCGAGAGCAACAGAAACAUCUCCGAGAACACCAGGCCCGCCGCAUGAAGGGUCUUGGAAGUGAUCGGAACCUAUACUUCAUUUGGAUUCCUCUUCUCAUUUUGGUUAUUGGCGCGUGGAUUCGGAACUACGUGCCUGGAAUUUGGCAAGGCGUCACGGACAGCUUUGAUUUUGUGAAGGCUCGCUACACACAGCGGGCUGUGGAAAUGGGCAUUUAG